AUGGGCCCUUUUCUCCCGGCGAUUUGCGUCGUGCUGGUCGCCCUGAACGCCGCUGUCUCGCCGGCCUCUGUCGGCCCUGAGGACUAUCCCGCCGCGGACGAGGCCGAGAGAACUGCCAACAAUGACAUCAUUUUCGAUGACUACCGAGGGAAAGGCUGCGUGGAUGACAGUGGCUUCGUGUACAAGCUCGGGGAACGCUUCUUUCCGGGCCACUCGAACUGCCCGUGCGUGUGCACGGAGGACGGACCGGUCUGUGACCAACCCGAGUGCCCUAAAAUACACCCCAAGUGCACCAAGGUGGAACACAAUGGGUGUUGCCCCGAAUGCAAGGAGGUCAAAAACUUCUGUGAAUACAGAGGGAAGACGUAUAAGAUCCUGGAGGAGUUCAAGCUUACUGGAGUCAAGAACAGCUAA